AGAUAGAUAGAGAGAGAUACACAAAGUAAAAGAGAGAACUCUCAAAAAAACGAAUCUUUUCUAGUCUCCACCAUGAAAGAGAGAGUGAGAAAACGCAAAGUCUAAAAGUUCUUCUACAAUCUUCUUUCUCUUUCCCGAGAAACAAACACCCUUUCGGCCUGUAACCUGCAACUGCUCUAUCUCUGUCAUUCUCUCUUUCUGGGUUGGACAGGUGGUGGUGUUUGAACUUUGCAGGGCAGAGAGGUAAAUUGAACUCUUUGUUGAAACCUUCGUUUUUAUGCUUUUUAGUGAUUAAGACUUGAGAUUUCUGUAUCGAAACUGUUAAAAAUCUUAUCUUUUUAAACGUAUAACUGCACACAUGCCCACAAAAUAGUAUAUAUUGAUAUACAAAAUGCGUGGAUUUAAGUUCAUAGAAAGAUUCAAGAGCACCCAAGUGCACGCUUUAAAUUCACCAGACAAUAGCACUGGUAGCACCAACGGUUUUGCUAUUGGAAAUAAACUUAACAAUCACAAAAGAAUCAAAUUUAUUGGGUUAAAGUCAAGCAAGAACAACUCUCUCUCUGUGGCUCAAACCCACCUUCUGUUUGGACUGCCAACAACUGACCUUAUUGAACCCACCAUUGACCCUAAUCUCAAGCCAAUACAUUAUGUAGAAGCCUUAGCUCAUGUUUAUCAACGACUUGAGACUUGUUUAGAGACCGAUAAAUCAUCAGUACGCAUUGAGCAGUACGCUUACUUGCGUGGCUUAGGUGAUGCCAAGCUGUUAAGAAGGUGUCUCAGGUCUGCAAGGCAGUAUGCUACAGAUGUGCACUCAAAGGUUGUGCUCUCAGCCUGGUUAAGGUUUGAGAGGAGAGAAGAUGAGCUCGUUGGUGUUGCAUCUAUGGAUUGUAGUGGGUUCGUCCUUGAAUGUCCAGUGGCUGCUUUGGCAUCUGGGUAUGAACCAAAUUCAGUUUAUGAUAAUUGUAAAUGUUGCGAGGGAUGUUCAAAGCCAAUUGAAGCACAAAUUGUAGUGGAGAAUGAGUGUUUGAGUUCGGAGGAGGAGGUGGAGGAGGAGGAGGAGAAUAAGGAUUUUGCAUUUUGUAUUGGUGAUGAGGAGAUUUAUUUUAAUCGCUAUAAAAUUGCAGCACUUUCGAGUCCGUUUAAGGCAAUGUUGUAUGGUGAAUUUAUUGAAUCUAGAAGGGAUAAGAUUGAUUUUUCGCAGGGUGGGAUAUCUGUUAAGGGAAUGAGGGCUGUGGAAACGUAUAGUAGGACUAGAAGAGUAGAUUUGUUUUGCCCAGGGAUUGUUUUGGAGCUACUUUCUUUUGCAAAUAGGUUCUGUUGUGAGGAGAUGAAGUCUACCUGUGAUGCUCAUUUAGCUUCACUUCUUGUUAAUAUUGAGGAUGCACUGAUUCUUAUUGAAUAUGGUUUGGAGGAAAGGGCAAAUCUUCUAGUAGCUUCUUGCUUGCAGGUGUUGCUAAGAGAGCUCCCCAGCUCUUUGUAUAAUCCUAAAGUGCUGAAAAUAUUUUGUGGCCCUGAGGCUAGGGAAAGAUUGGUCAAUGUGGGGCAUGCUUCUUUCCUAUUGUAUUAUUUCCUGAGCCAGGUGGCUAUGGAAGAGAACAUCAUAUCGCACACAACAGUUAUGUUGUUGAAAAGGUUAGAGGAAUGUGCAACUGAACAGUGGCAAAGGAUGCUUGCUUUGCAUCAAUUGGGUUGUGUGAUGCUUGAGAGAAAAGAGUACCAGGAUGCCCAGUGUUAUUUCGAGGCAGCUGCUGAGGUGGGUCAUUUUUAUUCAUUGGCUGGACUUGCUAGAACCAAGUACAGGCAAGGGCAACAGUUCUCAGCCUAUAAGUUGAUGCACUCUCUUAUCUCUGAGCAUGAACCAACCGGGUGGAUGUACCAAGAGCGGUCUUUGUAUAAUCUUGGCAGGGAGAAGAUUUUAGAUUUGGACACUGCAACUGAAUUGGAUCCCACUCUUUCAUUUCCAUAUAAAUACAGAGCUGUUGCAAAGGUAGAAGAGAGGCAAAUUAGUGCUGCUAUCGCAGAGAUCAACAGAAUCAUUGGGUUCAGGCUCUCUGCAGACUGUCUUGAAUUGCGAGCUUGGUUCUUCCUUGCGCUUGAGGAUUAUGAAAGUGCUCUGAGAGACAUUCUAGCACUAUUAACUUUAGAGCCCAACUACAUGAUGUUUCAUGACAGGGUGAAUGGAGAUCACAUUGUUGAUCUUCUGAGCCAUCGGGUUCAGCAGUGGAGUCCAGCUGAUUGCUGGAUGCAACUUUAUGAUAGAUGGUCUUCUGUAGAUGAUAUUGGCUCUCUGGCUGCCAUACAUCAGAUGCUAGUACAUGACCCAGGAAAAAGCUUCCUACGAUUUCGGCAAUCUUUGCUUCUACUUAGGUUAAAUUGUCAGAAGGCUGCAAUGCGCUGUUUACGGUUGGCUAAAAAUCAUUCGAGGUCCGAACACGAAAGAUUGAUUUAUGAAGGAUGGAUUUUAUAUGACACUGGCCAUCGAGUAGAAGCUCUCUCUAGGGCUGAGAAGUCUAUUUUAAUUGAAAGGUCUUUUGAAGCCUUUUUCCUUAAAGCAUACAUACUGGCAGAUACAAGUGUUGAUCCUGAAUGUUCAACUUAUGUUAUCCAACUAUUGGAAGAAGCUCUCAAGUGUCCUUCAGAUGGUCUCCGGAAAGGACAAGCAUUGAAUAAUUUAGGGAGUAUUUAUGUGGAUUGUGACAAGCUAGAUCUGGCCGCAAAUUGCUACAUAAAUGCUCUUGACAUCAAGCAUACAAGAGCCCAUCAAGGGUUAGCACGUGUAUAUUAUUUGAAAAAUCAGCGAAAAGCUGCUUAUGAUGAGAUGACUAAGCUAAUAGAGAAGGCACAUAAUAGUGCAUCAGCAUAUGAGAAACGAUCAGAAUACUGUGAGCGUGAGACGGCGAUGGAUGAUCUUAAAAUGGCAACCCAACUGGAUCCACUCAGGACAUACCCUUACAGAUAUAGGGCAGCUGUAUUAAUGGAUGACCAGAAAGAAGCAGAAGCUGUAGAGGAGCUCUCAAAGGCACUAGCUUUCAAGCCUGACUUACAAAUGCUUCAUCUGAGAGCAGCUUUUUACGAGUCAAUGGGGGACCUCACAUCUGCUAUCCAAGACUCUGCAGCAGCUCUUUGCUUGGACCCCAAUCACAUGGACACACUUGAUCUGUAUAAUAGAGCAAGAGACCGAACCAAUCAUCCACAGAAGUGAGAUUUACUCACCUGUGCAGAUGAAGUUAUUGCAUUGAAGGAGGCUAUAUUGUCAGGCUUGAGGAAAGAAAAUCAUGGGGAAUUCAUAUACAGCCAAAUUGUUCCUGGAUGUUGUGGUCUCUAUUAGCAUCCAACAACUUAGGCGGCCAUAGCAAUGAGAAGAGAGGAAUACAUCAAGAGAAAGGAGGAACAAGGGAGUGGCAGAGGUAUGUAUUUAUAUAUAUCAUAGGAUUAUGAUGAUGCUGUGGAACAAAGAACUGCAGGCUACCACCCAGACGAAUCUGGUGAAAAGUGGUUAAAUACAAUAUAUCCUCUUGGCAUGUAAAGAUAGUAACAGUGUUUACUCUCGCAACUUUGUUAUUGUUCUUGGAAGGGUGUAGGAUUCACCAACUGUCUUCCAUUAGUAGCAGAUUUUUAUUUCGUUUUAAGGAAAAAAAAAAAAAAAAUCCAUCUUGUACAUAGAGGUCACGAAGAGAUUUUAGUCUCUUUUAUUUGUUAAUACAUUCUUCUUUUUUUUCUUCAA